AUGUCAGAAUCAUCAGAAAGCAUCGCGGCUGCAGCGCCUUCCAGCACCCCUUCACAUGAGUCCUCUUUCCCAAGAACGCACCCCCUAGGCCCGCUCUCCGUCCAAGAAAUUAUCGACAGCGCAAACCUCGUACGGGGAUGUUGGCCAUCCAAUGUCACUCUCCGCUUCAAGGUCAUCACGCUCUUCGAGCCAGCAAAAGCAGAGCUUGCCCCAUAUCUCAUUGCUGAGCGGGAAGGGAAGAGGCCAACACCCAUUGAUCGACGGGCGCUGGUUGUGUAUUACUUCAAGGGAACACACGAUGUUCACGAAGCCAUCGUGAACUUGACACAACGCAAGGUCGAGUCUAAUGUGAAGCUUGGGCCUUUUACCCAUCCCAAUGGCGAUGCCGAGGAGAUUAUUGCCGUUGAGAAAGCGGCCUUAUCUCAUCCCGAGGUUCAACAGUACAUUGCCAAGCUGAAGCUGCCGCCGGGGACAGUUGUAGUAUCUGAUCCCUGGAUCUAUGGCUCGGAUGGCAUAAAGGAAGGCAAAUUCUACGACGACAAACGCCUCAUGCAUUGCUUCCUCUACAUGCGCGACCCCCAGAACCCCAACGAGCCAGACAGCUGCCACUACGCCUUCCCCCUGCCCAUCUGCCCCGUCGUUGACCCGGUUACCCUGGAAGUCAUCCGCAUCGACAUGCUGCCCACUGGCCUCGACGAGACCAUCAAGCCCCUUUCCCCCUGGCAGCCCGUACCACCCAACGAGUACAUCCCCGAGGCUCAAACCCUACGCACCGAUCUCAAGCCUUUGCGAGUGGUCCAGCCCGAAGGUGCCUCUUUCACUGUCGAGCCCUUCUCCGAACUGGGUCGCACGAUCCGCUGGCAAAAAUGGGACUUCAAAGUCGGCUUUAACCAGCGCGAAGGCGUUGUGCUCUACGACGUGCACUACGACAAUCGUCCCCUCUUCUACCGCCUCAGCCUCUCCGAGAUGUCCAUCCCCUACGCCGACCCACGCCAUCCCUUCCACCGCAAAGCCGCCUUCGACCUGGGCGAUGCGGGAGCCGGCAUCAUGGCCAAUAACCUCCAGCUCGGCUGCGACUGCUUAGGGAGCAUCUACUACCUCGACGCAGUGCUUGCAGACAGCGAUGGUAAGCCCGUCCAUCAACCCAACGUUAUCUGCAUCCAUGAGCAGGAUGCUGGUAUACUGUGGAAACACACCAACUACCGCACCAACCGCGCCGUCGUCGUCCGAAACCGCGAGCUCGUCGUACAAAUGAUCAUCACCGUCAGCAACUACGAGUACAUCCUCGCCUUCAUCUUCAACACCGCCGGCGACCUGACCUACGAAGCCCGCGCAACGGGGAUCCUCUCUACCCAACCCGUCGACGUCGACCUCUCCCACACCCCACACCCCUUCGGCACGGUUGUCCACCCCGGCGUGCUGGCCGGUCACCACCAGCACUUCUUCAGCCUGCGCAUCGACCCCAUGAUCGCGGGGCAUGGCAACACCGUCGUCUACGACGAGGCUCAUCCCCUGCCGCGUGACGAGAAACUAAACCCCCACGGGGUAGGGUAUACCGUCACCCAAACAAAAAUCACAACAACGGGAGGGUUCGACCUUGACCCGUCCAAGAAUCGCACCUUCAAGAUCGUGAACCCCUCCGUCACCAACCCUGUGAACGGUGCUGCGGUGGGAUACAAACUCCAGAUCCCGCCCAUGCAGCCCAUCCUAGCCGACAAGGACUCCUUCCACUACAAACGCGCCGAGUUUGCUGAUCACAGUGUUUACGUGACCCGUUACCGCGAGCGGGAGCUCUACCCGGGCGGUUGGUACACGAACCAAAGUCGUGGCGGGCAGGGGGUGAGGAGUUGGGCUGAAAGGAGGGAAAGCUUGGAAGAGGGGAAGGAUCCGGUGGUGUGGGUGCAGUUUGGGAUCAAUCAUAUCCCGAGGGUGGAGGACUUCCCCGUCAUGCCGGCGGAAACGAUCCGCGUGGUGAUGAGGCCUGUCAACUUUUUUGAGAGGAACCCGGCGCUGGAUGUGCCGCCGGGCAGGCAGGAGGUUAAUUGUAGUGUGCAGUUGAAUGGGACAAGCGAGAGGACGGGAUUGGAGGGGGGAAUGCAAAGGUUAGACGUCCGGGAGGGAGAAGAGAAGAAGGGUUGUUGCGAUAAGAGUGGCAGCUCUACACCAAGCCAUCACGAGACUUUCUCCCCUCUUCUUGCGCCCCAACAACCAUCCUCUCAGACGACCAUGACCAGCACCAUCACCGGCCCUGGAUCAGGCCCCGGGACACCCUCAGAAGUCCCCGGUACCCCCCUAAGCACAACCCCCUCCCUCGCCUCUGCCAUAUCCACCACGGCUAUCAAAGAAGGCCAUCACGGCACAAUUCUACACAGAGACAACGAGCGCGCCAUCCGCCUCGGCUGGCUGGAAAGCUUAGACGCCUUUUCGGGACCAGGCUUACGCCGAACUGCGAAUACUAGUGCUGGUGCCGCUGGACAGCAGAAACAUGCCCGCACCUCCUCUGAAGCGUCGACUCCCACAUCUUCGAGCCACAUCCCUGCGAGCCCGACGACUUCAGGGGUUGCAGCAGGGUUCACCGGGCAGGGGUACCAGCCGGGGCAUUACUACUACUUCGACUCCCUCGGUCAACCCCGCGCUGUUACACAGGUUAGCACAAUUGGAACAGCAAGCGAGACGGAGACCGACCGCAGCGGGAAAUCGCAAUCCCUUGCAGACGAUGACGACGGGGAAGAUAUCCUCGCAUCGACAGACUCCCAUAGCGUCAGUGCAAGCGCAGAUACGGGUGUUGGUGGGAGGGGGAGUAUCGCUGUCAGUGCUAGCGGAGCUGGGACUGAGGAAGGGGAUGGAGAUAAUGAUGACUUGGUUGAGGUUGGUGAAGGCGCGGGGAGCACCCUGUCGGGGCCGGUGUGUAACCGGCAUGUGCAGCAACAAGGUCAGCAAUACCAAGAGGGGAUGAGGUAUCCGGGGACGGCUGCGGAUGCGGCUAGGGCUUGGGCAGAGAGGGCCGGACUGCGCAGUGGUGAUGCUGCGAGCGAGUCUCCUCAGCACCCAAGCACAUCAUCAGGGAGGGAGAUUGGAUCCGUCCAGCGAGGAUCAGACAGGGAACACGGCACCCUAGAGUCCGCGAGUGACCCCAUCCUCCGCGAAAGACACUCCGCCCUAAUGGUCGACGGCAUCGCAGUCGAAAGCGGAACUCACUCACAUGGCUCUCGCUCUUCCUCAUCAAGAAGCCACAGCCACGGAGUCUCGCCGCUGGUGGAUGAUGGUGAAUUUGUGGAUACCAGUUUGAGGGGGCCUGUGCCGGUGGAGGGUGACAAACAGGAAGAGCAGGGGGAGAAUGUUGCAGCGACGACAAGCUCACCGACGAUGGCAAGGGUCAUUGGGGGGAUCGAGCUUGAAGAAAUUAGCACUGGCGCAGAGCGUGGUGGUGGUAGAGAACCGGGGAGGGCUGAUGUAAUGACAGAACGGACGCGAAGGUGUUGCGGGGGAGAUUGA